AUGUCUACCAAAACUACCAUCAGGAGUCAAACGAGCCACUGUGGCUUCAGUGCCAGCUCAGCCAGAGUGCCCGUGCUCAACCGCUCUGGCUUCAGCAGUGUGUCUGUGUGCCACUCCCGGGGCAUCAGUGGCUCCGGUGCAGUGUGUGGAGGAGCUGGCUUUGGCAGCAGAAGCCUCUAUGGUGUAGGAAGAUCCAAGAGGAUCUCCAUCAGAGGGGGCAGCUGUGGCAUUGGAGGAGGCUAUGGCAGCUGCUUUGGAGGAGGCUUCGGCAUUGGAGGAGGAGCUGGAGGUAGCUUUGGUUUUGGUGCUGGAGCUGGCUUUGGUGGUGGCUAUGGGGGAGCUGGCUUCCCGGUGUGCCCACCUGGAGGCAUCCAAGAGGUCACCAUCAACAAGAGCCUCCUCACUCCCCUGAACCUGCAAAUUGACCCCACCAUCCAGCAGGUCAGGACUGAGGAGAGGGAGCAGAUCAAGACCCUCAACAACAAGUUUGCCUCCUUCAUCGACAAGGUGCGGUUCCUGGAGCAGCAGAACAAGGUACUGGACACCAAGUGGGCCCUGCUGCAGCAGCAGGGCACCAAGACUGUGAGGCAGAACCUGGAGCCUAUGUUUGAGCAGUACAUCAGUAACCUCCGCAGACAGCUGGACUGCAUCAUUGGAGAGAGGGGUCGCCUGGACUCUGAGCUGAGGAACAUGCAGGACACAGUGGAGGACUACAAGAGCAAAUAUGAAGAUGAAAUCAACAGGCGUACAAAAGAAGAGAAUGAAUUUGUGGUGCUGAAGAAGGAUGUAGAUGCUGCCUACAUGAACAAGACUGAACUGCAAGCCAAGGCAGACAGUCUGACAGAUGAGAUCAACUUCCUGAGAAUUAUUUAUGAGGCAGAACUGUCUCAGGUACAAACUGAUGUCUCAGACACAUCUGUGGUCCUCUCCAUGGACAACAACCGCAGCCUGGACCUGGACAGCAUCAUUGCCGAGGUCAAGGCCAAGUAUGAGAACAUUGCUCAGAGAAGUCGGGCUGAAGCUGAGACUUUAUACCAAACUAAAUAUGAGGAGCUGCAGGUCACAGCUGGCAGACAUGGGGACGACCUGCGCAACACCAAGCAGGAGAUCGCUGAGAUCAAACACAGUAUCCAGAGGCUGCAAUCUGAGAUCAAGCAUCUUGAGAAGCAGAGUGCAAAUCUGCAAGCUGCUAUUGCUGAUGCUGAGCGACGUGGGGAGAUGGCCCUGAAGGAUGCCAGGGACAAGCUGGAAGGACUGAGGGAUGCCCUGCAGAAGGCCAAACAGGAAAUGGCCAGGCUGCUGAAUGAGUACCAGGAUAUCAUGAAUGUCAAGCUGGGCCUUGAUGCAGAAAUCGACUCCUAUAGGAUACUUCUGGAAGGAGAGGAGGACAGGUUCAAUGGUGACGGCGUUGGUCCAGUCAACAUCUCUGUGGUGCAGUCCACCGUGUCCAGCGGCUAUGGCAGCACAGGUGGUGCCAGCAGCAGCUUAGGCCUGUGUGGAGGCAGCAGCCAUUCCUAUGCCAGUAGCCAUGGUACUGGAUGUGGCUUCAGUGCUGGCAGUAGCAGAGCCAUCAGAGGUGGCCUCAACUCCUCUGGUGGAAAUACUUCCACCAUCAAAUAUACCACUGCCUCCUACGGCAGGAAGCGCUAA